GGGAUGGCUCUGGUGGCAGGGGGAGAGGGAGAGGAGGAAGGGUACACGUCAGAAAGAGCUGAGCCAGCUGGGAGGCGUUGGGGAGAAGAGGGCACGGACAGAUGGGAGGGUUGAAGGGAAGGCAGCACAGACAGAUAGACAGCAGCAGGAUGCCGCAACACGCCAGGAACACGGGCUACAACAACACGCAGAAGUACUUUCUGGUCACAGACACGCUGGUGGCGCUGUUCUGGUUCUUCGUGCUGGCCCGGCUGGCGAUCUUGUACCCGUUGACGGGGUCGAAGUUCCUUGCCGGGGGGCUUGCAGACUUCUAUCUCGGGGUGCUGGUGGCCACGGAGACGCUGGAGCUUUUCAACUACGUGGCGGUGUUCAGACACAUUCCGGGGACGCAGACAGCGUACAACGCGUUGCCAAAGCCGCAUCCACGGGUGCUGCUCUCGGUGGCCGGGUCAAGACUCGUGCUGGCGUUUGUCUUCUUCAACUACCCGCGGGUGGCGCGGUCGGAGGCGUUUGCGCUGGUCGUGCUGGUGCAGUCCGUCAAGGAGUUCUUCCGCUGGUUCUACAACCUCCAGAAGGUGCGCCUCUACAGCAACGUCCCGCGGCUGUUCCGCCUCUGCCGGUCGCUCACCUACCUCGUGUGCACGCCCCUCGAGGCCGUCGCCACCGUCUACCUUGUCUUCCAGUCGCUCGUGUUUCCCUCCUACCAGGCCGAACUCGAGCCCUACGACGCGCAGAUCAAGACGUUCCUGAAAAUCCUGCUUUUCGCAUACCUCCCGACCUUCUACCUCAUCUACAAGCGGACACUUUCCAAAUACUUCUUUGCACAGACCUCACACAGAUUCUCCAAGCCGGCAGAAAAGCUCGAGUGAGCCCGAGCCCUGCCGCUUCUCUGCGCCUACCUAGAUAGCUCCGUAUAUACCU